CGCGCUCGUGGUUCUGCGUGGUUCAGGCGCGUUCCCUCGGCGGCAGGCCUAGGAAGGUCUGCGCUCAUUCACCUUCGUCGGCCAGAACCGUCCCGAUCCCGUCGGCAAGAUGGUGAAACCCAAGUUCAAAGGACGGAGCACCAUCAACCCCUCCAAGGCCAGCACAAACCCGGAUCGAGUACAGGGAGCUGGAGGCCAAAACAUGAGGGACCGUGCCACCAUCCGCCGCCUGAAUAUGUACAGGCAAAAGGAGCGCAGGAACAGUCGUGGUAAAGUGAUUAAGCCUCUGCAGUAUCAGUCAACAGUAGCUUCUGGUACAGUGGCACGAGUAGAGCCAAAUAUUAAAUGGUUUGGAAACACACGUGUGAUUAAGCAGUCAUCAUUACAAAAAUUUCAAGAGGAAAUGGAUACAGUUAUGAAGGAUCCAUACAAAGUUGUCAUGAAGCAAAGCAAGUUACCAAUGUCUCUUCUCCAUGACCGAAUCCAGCCUCAUAACUCAAAGGUGCACAUUCUUGAUACUGAAAGUUUUGAAACUACCUUUGGCCCUAAGUCUCAGAGGAAACGGCCAAACUUGUUUGCAAGCGAUAUGCAGUCUCUUAUAGAAAAUGCUGAAAUGUCCACGGAGAGCUACGACCAGGGCAAGGAUCGCGAUUUGGUAACCGAGGACACUGGUGUGAGAACUGAAGCCCAAGAAGAGAUCUACAAAAAGGGACAGUCCAAAAGAAUAUGGGGUGAGCUCUACAAGGUGAUAGAUUCAUCAGACGUUGUCGUUCAGGUUCUUGAUGCUAGAGAUCCAAUGGGUACCCGUUCCCCUCACAUUGAGGCUUACUUGAAAAAGGAAAAGCCCUGGAAACAUCUCAUUUUUGUGCUUAACAAAUGUGACCUUGUUCCAACGUGGGCCACAAAACGGUGGGUUGCUGUCCUCUCCCAGGACUACCCUACACUUGCCUUCCAUGCAAGUCUCACCAACCCCUUUGGCAAAGGAGCAUUCAUUCAGCUUCUGCGGCAGUUUGGAAAGUUGCACACUGACAAGAAACAGAUCAGCGUGGGGUUCAUUGGCUACCCGAAUGUUGGCAAGAGCUCUGUGAUAAACACACUGCGCUCUAAGAAAGUUUGCAACGUGGCCCCCAUUGCAGGUGAAACCAAGGUCUGGCAGUACAUUACCUUGAUGCGUCGCAUAUUCCUGAUUGACUGUCCGGGUGUGGUUUACCCCUCUGAGGACUCGGAGACAGACAUUGUGCUGAAAGGAGUUGUUCAAGUUGAAAAAAUUAAGACUCCUGAAGACCACAUUGGUGCUGUCCUGGAGCGAGCAAAGCAGGAAUAUAUCAGCAAGACAUACAAGAUUGAUUCUUGGGAGAAUGCUGAGGACUUUCUUGAGAAGCUAGCUUUUCGCACUGGGAAGUUACUGAAGGGUGGAGAGCCUGACUUGCGGACUGUGGGUAAGAUGGUUCUCAAUGACUGGCAGAGGGGCCGGAUUCCUUUCUUCGUUAAACCGCCUAAUGCAGAGCCGCCAGCUGCCCCCCAGCUUCCACCCUCCUCAUCUUUGGAAAUUGCCACAGAAACAACCCAGAACAACCCAGAAGAGGAAACCACAGAAACUGUAGGUGAAGGGUCAGAAUCUGUCCUUGAGAAAAAAAAAGAAGAGGACAGUCCCUGCAAUGCUAGCUCAGAGAUGCAGCAGAUCCUCACACGGGUUCGCCAGAACUUUGGCAAAAUCAAUGUAGUGCCCCAGUUUUCUGGGGAUGACCUGGUUCCUGUUGAGGUGUCAGAUAUUGAAGAAGAGUUGGAGAGCUUGUCUGCUGAGGAGGAGCAGGAGGAGGAGCAGCCAGGGGAGGAGGACGAGGCUGAGUCUUACCAGGAGUCCCUGGAAGAGCCAGGGGGAAGCGACACGAAAGCAGUGAUUAAAGCCCUGGAUGAGAAGAUUGCAAGAUACCAGAAGUUUUUAAACAAAGCCAAGGCUAAAAAGUUUUCGGCCGUCAGAAUAUCCAAGGGGUUAAGUGAAAUGGUUUUUGCAAAACCUGAAGAACAGAGAAAAUCAUCUAAAGAAGAAAAUGAUACAGCACCUACUAGAAAGGGAAGGAAGCGGAAGGCUCAGAGGGAAGAGGAACGUUCAAGUAAAACUCCAAGGACACUCACAUCUAAGGAACGAAGGCGAGCAGCACGGCAGCAACAAUCUAGAAAAGUUGGUGUGCGCUACUACGAAACACAUAACGUGAAGAACAGGAACAGGAACAAAAAGAAGACCAGUGACUCAGAAGGACAGAAGCACAGACACAAAAAAUUCAGACAUAAGCAGUAACAUGUAAAAAAUCGUUUAUUAAAUUAUGUUAUACAAAAAAAUACAAUUAGAAAUUGUC